AUGAACGGAUCCAGCUUCUCCACAGCGAUCCCUUUCUCCCCGCCGUCGCUUCCUCCACCCGCCGCCGUCGACAACAAAGCGAAACUAUUCUCAGCAGUCGUCGUUGAUGUACCGCCCCUUGGUAACCCUGCCUCUUCCAACGAAAUUUCUAUCUCCACGGCAGCUUCUGCCGCAAACGCCGUCGCCGAACAAACCCUCGCCGUAAAAAUUUGA